UUCAACAGUAGCAAGUCACCCAGCGACCAUGGGGCAGUAUCGAGGUCUUCUGAGUGUGGCGUGCGUUGCGGCCCUCCUAUGCCUGGCAGCGGCGUACCCCAGGCCUGGAGGAGGUUAUGGUCACAGGCAGAGCUAUGGUCAGAGCAUAGUCACAGUUAUAGUCACAGUUAUAGUCAGAGCCACAAUUAUGGCCACAAUUAUGGAUACCACCAACCGACCGUCACCAAAGUCAUCCAGCCAGUCGUCACAGUGAGGGAGGUCGUGACGCCGGUCGUUACGAAGGUCGUGCGGCCAGUCAUCACAAAAGUCGUGAAAAAAGUCGUCUCUCCGGUCCAUGUUGGAGGUGGAUAUGGAGGUGGAUAUGGAGGUGGAUACGGGGGUGGAGGAUACGGUCACAGAUGGUAGUGGAUAUUGUUUUUGGUGGAGAGGGUGGAAGGAGGAAGAGAGAGAGUGAGAGAGUGAGAGAGUGAGAGAGUGAGAGAGUGAGUGAGAGAGA